CUAGUUAUUUGUACUUUUAUGUACUCCAAAUUUUCUCAUUAUUCAAAUCUCCAAAUUCUGAUAUUUCUUAUAUGAAAUACAAAUGGGGACAUGGGGAACACAGUGGUAUGGUUAUUUCAACAAAUGUGUAGUAAUUAGCUUAAUUGGAUGAACCUGCACCUAUGAAUGUAGAAAUAUGAAAAAAAAAUUAAGUGCAUUCAGUUUGUGAGACCAAUGUCCAUAGAUAACUGUCAUAUAUGCGACACACCCUCUUGGAAUUCAUCAAAGCUAUACAAAAAAGUCACUACUAUUAUGGCACAAAACUUUACAGAAGUACAUGAAUACAACAAAUCUUUCCUAUUAAAGUGAGAAUUGAAUAAAAUAUUUAUACACUCUGAGUUUUAUUAUGUGUUACAAUAUAAAUGAUUGCAAGAAUUGCUUACAGUACUAGUACUCACAAAAUCAAUGCAGAAUAAACGAUAAAGCGUAAGCUCAAGAAAAUGGAUAAAUGAACCAAAAAACUCAUUUGUACUUCUGUAUAUCAAACUGCACUGGUUGGGGAGAUCAUUGAUUUGUCUGUUUUCCUACUGAGUGAUCAAGGGCCAUAACAAUCCUUGCUGACUUUUUGGACUCAUUUUUAGGGGUUCCUCUAUGUGUUCACCCAACCUUACCAGUGAUCCUGUAUUCACAUCCUUUUGUUGCUAUUUCAGGUUGCUAGGCAUCAAAGCCCAGCUAUCUACCAGUAGGUCCUCUGGUAACAAAGGCCAUCUUUUUAAAGAUAUGCAUAUUUAAGUAGAGAAAAAAGGUUUCAUCCAUUGACUUCAAAAGUGACAGAGUUGAUAAGAAGUUGUGUUCACCUGCUGUAGACCUGCUGCUUGUAAGAGCUUAACUGACGUUCUGUGGCUUUUUGUCACCAUAGGCUUUUCAUGAUUAACUUAUAAACAGAAGAGCAAAUAUUGAUUUAUGGGAUGAUGAACAAUUGAUGCCUUGUGGUUUUAUUGGACUUGUGGUUGAUUCCAAUGUACAAAUGAGCAACAUUCUUGGAUUGACUUGACAGAAAGAAUAAAUGUAUUGUUAGAACAUGUCGCCCGAGGAUUGGACUUGUGAAGAUUUAAAUGUGCUCUUUUACAGCCUGAGGAAGAGAAUGGAGGUGGUGAUGAAAACAUUAUUUGCUGAUGACUGGAAUAAGAUGUAGCUUUAAUCUCACAUAAUUUCAACACUUGCGAUGCCAGUUCUCUUUGUUGAUGAAUUGCCCAGUGUAUUGGAGUGAAAAGAUUCUUAUUUCUUGGUUCAGUGAUUCAUCAUCACCUGAUAGCAAUAUAUCACAUACAUGUAUGGAGAAUAAUUGGAUCGACUUGUACACUCAGUUAACAUUGCCUUUCAAAGGUACCGAUUAAGUAUCCAGACAUUCUAGAAAUUAUCAGUGAUUGUAAAAUAUGUUUGUUCUCUGAAAUAUUCAGAAACUUAAUGACACUGUCAUUUACUUUUAUGGUGGGAGCAGAGCAGAGUCCUCUCUUUUAUUAUUGACAAUCAUGAAGUAAAUCUGAUAUGGUGAAAUGUAUAAUAGUUCAUCUGGACUCCUAGCAACCUUCAUGCUUCGCUUAUCCUGUGCUGAUUUUUGGCAUGAUUAUAUUGUAUUGAUGAACAGUAGUGUCAUUUGGGGAUGAAAAUCACAUUGUGUAAAACUUCUGUGGUUCUGUCUUGUAGCUCGAUCAUUCUAGUGAACAGCACAAAGUAUUGCAGUUUGUUUCAGAGGAGUAGCCAGUCUCGUUUCAGUUAUCACAGUAAUGGAUAAUAAGAGGAUGUCGAAGGUCCAGUCGUUCCUUGAGCGGGAAAAGACAAUGACCUACCGUGAGAAGAUGACCCUCUUGGAAAGGUCACAGGUGCCGCCGUCGGAGGUCAUAGAUCAUCGCCCUUUUGGCUUAAAUAGGGACUUGGUGAAUGUGAAAAGCAAUGUGUCAUUCAGUAAUGAUAUUCAAGUUCACGAUACAGCCAGGACAAGAACAAUGACACAGGGGUCAAGGUUCACAACAUCUACUCUUGAAGCUCAUGCUUCUAUCGCAGAUACCACCAUGGAUUUGCUAGAUGCAGCUGCUAAAGGAGACACUGAGAUGGUCCGGAAGGCAGUAUCCAAGAACCCUUAUGGCGCAAAGGGCAACGAUCAGGCAAUGCAGAAAGCUGUGCAGUACGGCCAGACAGAAGCUCUACAAGAGCUCCUCAAUGCUGGAGCAGACCCAGAUAUCAAAGUUCAUGGGGGUCGUACCAUGCUCCAUGAGGCCUGCGUUGGUGGGCACAAUGAAGUUCUGAAGCUCCUUCUGAUUCAUGUGACUGAUAUGGAUGCAACAAAUAGCCUGGGCCAGACGGCUUGCCAUACAGCUGCUUACCAUGGAGAGCUGGGUUGUAUGAAGCUCUUAGAAGAAGCAGGCGCUGACUGUAGUUUGCGAGAUAACAAAGGGCGUUCUCCCUGCCAUUUAGCAGCUCAGCACAACCAUCCUUCCAUCCUCAACUUCCUGCUCUCUAAAGGAAUGGAUAUAGAAGGGGCCGAUGACAAUGGACGCAAGCCUCAACACGUUGCAGCCAUGCAUGGAGCACUGGAAUGUCUGGUGUUGUUUCUUCAGAGUGACUGUGAUACGACCGUAGAGGAUGGGUCAGGUUUCACAGCUGGUCACCAUGCUGCUGCCAAAGAUCAUCUGGAUUGCCUGAGGUUUCUUGUAAAGCAUGGUAGCGACAAAGAGGCCAGAGAAAAUCAUGGAAGGACAUUAGCUCAUCUGGCAGCAGCGAAUGGAUCAAUGACUUGCCUUCAUUGGCUCCUAGAGAAAGGCAGUGCCGUCAAUGUUCAAGAUAAACUGGGCAACACCCCCGCCCACCUGGCAGCAGCAGGUGGACACCACCUAUGCUUCAAUUGUUGUCUUCAGCAUGGUGGUAAUCUGGACAUACUAAACCAGAAGCAGGAAACCCCAAUGGAUUCUGCCAGAAGGUUUGGACAUCCAGUCAAGAUGGAACAAGCAGUAAAUAAUGAGAUAAGGUGCACCCACUGUAAUGAUAAUUAUGAGUUAUCAUGCUGGGAAGAAGCUCACCAACCAAAUGUUGUUCAGAAAGCGAUCAAUUCUUCCAAGACUACAAUCUUCUCUUCUCCUGUUCCAAACAACAACAAGAAGAAAGAGACCAAGAAAAUUACUCCAAGAAAGGAGCCCUCUGCCCCUGGAAGAGGAAAGCUACCUCAUAGAGAUCUGGCUGUCAGGUACUUUGGAAGAGAGGAAGGAACAACAUAGCUAUUGACUUCUUUAGAGCAUUUCAUGAAGGUUUUUGCCAGUGAUUUUCAGAGACUAAUUUGCUCUUAGCCAAUCAGAUGCAAGGAUUUUAUAGUCGUGAAAGUCACCACCAUUUCAUGAAAUGCUCCCCUUGCCCAAAAGUGUUGUCUAUUGGAACCUGGUGAUCCCUGUACAAACUCUAUGGGAAAAAAGAAUAAUUCAGUAGGUUAUAGCUUAAUUUAAUCGGGGGAUACUUUCCCAACCUACUCCUAAAUUUGUUAAUAUUGGGUAAGCUUCAAUAUUGCAGUGAAUAAUGAUUUUCCAGGGGUCUAGAACAUGGGGGGGGUAAACCCGAUGAAAUUGCCCUGAGCCCCUAUGUUAAUCAGAAUAACAUUUUGUUAUGGAGCAUACCAUUCGUAUGAAAUAUACUACACAGCGAAAGAUCAAAUUUACAUUAAUGUAUUAAGGGAACCUUGACAAAUUUUCAGAAAUGAUACUUUUUAUAUUUGAAAAUGCAUUCCACCUUCACCCACCAUCACUGCCAGUAUUACGUGAUCGAAUAUUGAUCCAUUUAAAGAUUUUUUUGUAUAUAUGCAAAUGAAACAUUCCAUUGGCAUUGUCAGUAUUAUUCAGCAUCAAAGUAGUCGGGGUUAUAAUUUUCUCUGUAGUGGAAGAUAUGCAUUGUAUGGGUUAGGGCUUGUUCGUGUGUUGUUCAUUGACUAUGAAACUUUUACACACAGCACUACAAAUCUUAAAAAAAUCACCCAUACUGCAAUUGAAACAAGUCAUAUCUUGACAGGAAGUGAUGCACCACAACACAAGUGCCUCAAACAUAUACUAAAUAUGAAGCAAAGCCUACCAAAUGAAUAAAAGUCAACAAAUUAAUACGUUGUUGAGAACAAAACCAUGCAAGUGAUAUGAGCAUUACUACUGCGAUUAGGAGCUUGCGAGAAUGUAUUGGGGUCAUGUUUCACAAAACUUGUCGUAAAUAACAGGAUAUAGGUUAGCAAGGUAUAAGAGCUAGUGUUCAGCUUCAGACCUGAUUUUAUUUGUUUUAACCCCCACCCGUCAUACGUGGUUGCCAGAAGCAUAAUGUUUUAUUAUUGUCCGUCCAUCCCAUAUUUGUCUUUAUGAUCAUCAUACUGUAGACUUGACAAGGGAGUGAUUUAAUGUGAUCAAACAGGGGCCAUGGAACGGUUUUCAAGGGGGGGGGCUGACCAUGCAAAAGAUCACAAUCAUAUGGUCAUUUUUACAUUUUUGUCAAAGGUUUU